AUGACUGAUAAAGUUCGUUUCCCAAACAUUUUAAUUGUUGUUGUUUCUGAAAUUUUUCGUUUGCUUUUCAAGGCCGGAUUUGCUGGAGAUGACGCUCCCCGUGCAGUUUUUCCUUCCAUCGUUGGUCGCCCAAGGCAUCAAGGUGUCAUGGUUGGUAUGGGUCAGAAGGACUCAUAUGUUGGGGAUGAAGCUCAGGCUAAGCGAGGUAUCUUGACAUUGAAAUAUCCUAUUGAGCAUGGGAUCGUUACCAACUGGGAUGAUAUGGAAAAGAUAUGGCAUCACACAUUUUAUAACGAAUUGAGAGUAGCACCUGAGGAACAUCCAGUGUUGUUGACCGAAGCUCCAUUGAAUCCAAAGGCGAACAGGGAAAAAAUGACACAAAUUAUGUUUGAAACCUUUAAUACUCCUGCAAUGUAUGUUGCUAUUCAAGCAGUACUGUCUCUUUAUGCUUCUGGUCGUACCACUGGCAUUGUUAUGGAUUCUGGCGAUGGUGUAAGCCAUACUGUACCGAUUUAUGAAGGUUAUGCUUUACCUCAUGCAAUCCUACGUCUUGACCUUGCUGGCCGCGACCUAACUGAUUACUUAAUGAAAAUUUUAACUGAGCGUGGUUAUUCUUUUACCACUACUGCUGAGCGGGAAAUUGUCCGUGACAUUAAAGAAAAAUUGUGCUACGUUGCGCUUGACUUUGAACAGGAAAUGGCAACAGCCGCAUCGUCUUCAUCUCUGGAAAAAUCUUAUGAGCUUCCUGACGGUCAGGUUAUCACGGUAGGCAACGAACGGUUCAGAUGUCCAGAAGCUCUUUUCCAGCCAUCUUUCUUGGGUAUGGAAUCGACUGGCAUCCACGAAACGUGUUACAAUAGCAUUAUGAAAUGCGAUAUUGAUAUUCGCAAAGAUUUAUAUGCAAAUUUGGUACUUUCUGGUGGGACAUCAAUGUACGCCGGCAUCGCAGAUCGUAUGCAGAAAGAACUUUCUUCUCUAGCACCCAGCACAAUGAAAGUAAAGAUAGUCGCCCCACCCGAGCGCAAGUACUCUGUUUGGAUUGGUGGCUCUAUCCUAUCAUCGCUGUCUACUUUCCAGCAGAUGUGGAUUUCAAAACCGGAGUAUGAUGAGUCAGGCCCAUCAAUCGUUCACCGCAAAUGCUUCUAA